UACAUGUCCAUUGGAACGCUUCGUGAUCAAGUCAUCUAUCCAGACUCAGUGGAUGACAUGCAUGAGAAAGGCUACCAAGAUCAAGAUCUGGAGUGCAUCCUGCAUAUGGUUCAUCUGUACCACAUAGUUCAAAGAGAAGGAGGCUGGGAUGCCAUCAUGGAUUGGAAAGAUGUCUUAUCAGGAGGAGAAAAACAAAGGAUGGGCAUGGCUCGAAUGUUUUACCAUAAGCCGAAAUAUGCAUUGCUGGAUGAAUGCACGAGUGCUGUAAGCAUUGAUGUUGAAGGAAAGAUAUUCCAAGCUGCAAAAGCUGCUGGGAUAUCGCUGCUUUCUAUAACACACAGACCUUCUCUUUGGAAGUACCACACUCACUUGCUGCAGUUCGACGGACAAGGCGGCUGGCGUUUCGAGCAAUUGGACACUGCUAUCCGUUUAUCACUGAGUGAGGAAAAACAGAGACUGGAAUCCCAACUUGCAGGAAUUCCUAAAAUGCAGCAGAGACUGAAUGAACUGUGUAAAAUCUUGGGAGAAGACUCAGUGCUUAAAACAAUGGACAAAGAGGAAUAAAUAAUUUAUG